CCCGGGACAGAAGCUGCACACCGCAUCGCUUAGUGACAGCGUUCUGACCUGCACGCUGCGACCUGAGAGCGCCCUUCAGAUCGUCUACUGUCACCCAGCAUUUGCGAUCAAUUUAACGUCCAGAGUCCAGGUUCUCGGCCACUUCCUUUUGGACCGCUCCAUCAUGCGUCUCCGGUGCGUCCUCUGCGUAAUGGCCCUGCUCAUCUGCCCGUACCUGGUGGCCGAGGCGCGCGUCACCAAACGCUUCGCCAUCGGCUGCCCGGAGAAGUGCGACAAGUCGCAGUGCGCACCGAUCCCCGCCGACUGCCUGGCCGGCGACGUGCUGGACCGCUGCGACUGCUGCCCGGUGUGCGCGUCCGGCGAGGGCGAGCAGUGCGGCGGCAGCGGGGACCGCGAGUGCGCCGAGGGGAUGGAGUGCGUGGUGACCGACGGCGUGGAGGUGUCUGCCACCGUCAGACGCAGGGGCAAGGCCGGUGUGUGCGUGUGCACCAGCUCCGAGCCCGUGUGCGGCAGCGACGGCGUCUCAUACCGGAACAUCUGCGAGCUGAAGCGCGUCAGCAACCGGGCGAUGAAGCUGCAGCAGCCGCCGGUGAUCUUCAUCCAGAGAGGAGCCUGCGGGAAAGGUCAACAGAACCCUGACAGUCUUCGUUACAAGUACAACUUCAUCGCCGACGUGGUGGAGAAGAUCGCACCUGCUGUCGUUCAUAUUGAACUUUACCGCAAGAUGAUAUUUUCCAAGCGGGAGGUGGCAGUAGCCAGCGGCUCCGGGUUUGUCGUGUCAGAGGACGGACUCAUCGUCACCAACGCCCACGUGGUGGCCAACAAGCACAGAGUGAAGGUGGAGCUGAAGAGUGGAGCCACGUAUGACGCCAAGAUCAAAGAUGUGGACGAGAAAGCUGACAUCGCUCUGAUCAAGAUUGAUGCACCGAUGAAGCUGCCGGUGCUGCUGCUCGGCCGGUCGGCGGACCUGCGUCCUGGUGAGUUCGUGGUUGCCAUAGGCAGCCCGUUCUCCCUGCAGAACACCGUCACCACUGGCAUCGUCAGCACCACCCAGAGAGGAGGCAAGGAGCUGGGCCUCCGCAACUCUGACAUGGACUACAUCCAAACGGACGCCAUCAUCAACUACGGCAACUCUGGAGGACCACUAGUCAAUCUGGAUGGGGAGGUGAUUGGCAUCAACACUCUGAAGGUCACUGCAGGAAUCUCCUUCGCCAUCCCCUCAGACAAGAUCCGGCAGUUCCUGGCGGAGUCGCACGACAGACAGGCCAAAGGUAAAACGUUCCAGAAGACGAAAUACAUCGGCGUCAGAAUGAUGAGCCUCACUCCAACGCUGGCUAAGGAGCUGAAGGAGAGGCAGUCAGACUUCCCAGAUGUCACCUCUGGGGCGUAUGUCAUCGAGGUCAUCAGCCGAACACCAGCAGAGACAGCUGGCCUGCAGGAGAGCGACGUCAUCAUCAGCAUCAACGGCGAGCAAAUCACCUCUGCUAGUGACGUGAGUGCCGCCAUAAAACGGGACGAGACGCUGCGAAUGGUGGUGAGGCGAGGCAACGAGGACGUCAUCCUCACCAUCGUCCCCGAGGAGAUUGAGCCUUGACCUCUCAGCCGAGCGAGCAAACCAUCAACUCAGCGACCCAACCAAUCCCGAGCUGGCUCUCAGUGUUUUUCUACCAAACGUACACUUUGAAAACCAAUAGGGGUGUGUGUGUGUGUUUGCGUGUGUCUGGGUCCACACCUGCUGCGUUUAAGAACUUGUAAUUAUUAGUACUGCUCACACACACACACACACCUUCUUCACCUGGGAACUGAGGCUCCAUCCCUGUCCUGAUACUCCUCAUGUUAGUUUGAAUUUUCCUUCUAAUCCCAGUUUACUUCACUGACCUUUUAUGUUCUACUAACCCCAUGUGUCACGUCUAAGCGGAAUAUUUUUUUAAUAGUAUUUGUGUGUGUUUGGUGAUAAUUUUUCAAAAAAGUAAUGGGAAUAAAAUUAUUUUCAAAA